GUCUCCUAUGGAAAUACCGGUACGUUAGCAUAGCAUAGCAGAUGCGUAGUCGUUUAUGUAGACGGGGAAGAAUAGCGGGGAAGUUUCAACAGGCAGUCGACUAACGUCUUUCAGUUCUGCCUUCUCUGAGCGCUUUCAACCAGUGCACAAAUUUGGAAAGUAUCCACGCUUAAUUAACGUGGAAUAGCCUGCCAAAUUCACCACGAUCUCACGGGCAAUAACAACACGCCGGGAUGUUCAAUCCACACCACCACCAUCAGCAACAACAACAACAACAACAGUUUCAUCAACACCUCCGUCAGCUCCAACAACUAUUGCAGCAGCAACAGCAGGCGCCACCUCCGCCUCCUCCACCUCCGCCGCCACCCCAACCUCCACCGACCCAUCAUAUCCCGCAUCACCAUGGAGGCGGCCGCAGCCCCAUGGCAGUGCCAGCACCUGCACCUCCUCCUGCUCGCAUGGUCAACCUCUGCUCAGCCACUCAGACCAUCAUCGCCCCCAACCCUAUGCUGCAAGGAGCCCUGCUCAUGCAACAGAUGCAAGCAGGAAACAUGAGAAGUUUUGCCAUUGGCGGGCAGCAGUUCCAGCAGUUUUUUGCUGCAGGGUCAAGGUCCUCCAUCUUGGGCCCUGUUCCACUUGGGGUUGCCAUUAAGACCCCACACAUGGGGUUCCCUCCGCGACAUUUCCACCCUCAUGCUCGCUAUUUCAACAAUGACUUCCAGUCACGACAACCUGACAGGAAGCGGGAGAGUGAGCAGAGGCUUGCGGUCGGCCCAGACAGCCAGUUGGGGCCAAGCAGUAGCCGAGAUGAGGUGGCAGUGGCAGCUGAUGUGAGUAGCCAGUCGUCUUCACAGCAGACGGACGAGCCAGCUGGGAAAAAACCGAGGACAGAGGGGCCAGAUGAUUCACUGGAGGCCGAGGCUUCUCUGAGCACUGCUGGAGAUGUAAACACUGCAGACUGCAUACUGGAGGAAGAUGGGACCAUAGCAGGUUCGGAGGCAGCUGAGGCAGGGGAGCAAAGCCGUGCGGCCGAGCAGGUUGAAGGCCCCGAGCCUUCAACCAAAGACGAGGAGCAACAGAGCAGCUCAGCCCAGGUCGACCAUGUCACCACGGAGACUGUGCCUGAGGGCAAGGAGGAUGCAGUCACAUCUGCUGGUACCAGGAGUGGUGAAGGGGCCAAAGAUGAGGUUGGAGAAGCCUCAAACAAAUUUUACUGCUACAUCUGCAACAUCACCUGCCAUAACCAGCAAAAUUUUCAGAGCCAUAUGAAUGGACUGGCCCACCAGCAGAGGAUGAUGGAGAUCCAGCACAUGAGUAAUGCCUGUCUCGUCACACUACUGCCACGCGUACAAGAGUCCCUGCAGGGAGCGCGCAAGGAUGGGGAGAGAAGACCAGGACUGCAGAGGUGGUGUGCUACCUGCCAGACCCACUUCACAACUAACGUGAUGGACCAUCGCAAGACCAAGGAGCACAAGAUCUGUAGCCGUUCUGCUAGCCCCUCCUGCACUGUCUGCAGGGUGCAGUUCAGAACAUCUAAAGAGUUCAUGGAACACAUGCAGUGUGCUGAGCACAAGCAACUUGUGGAACAGCUUUGGAAGGAGACUGGAAAGGAGAGCCUGGAGGACUUGAGUUCGGAUCUGUAUACCGUGGGAAUGGAUGGUGAGGGUAUGAACAGCGAGGAGGAAGAAGACCAAGCUGAUGAAGAGAAUGGACAGCCCCGGCAGGAGGGGCUACCCGUCCAGAUGGAGGUCACACUGGAAGACAUGACGGAGGAUGAGGAGUUUGACCCCGACACCGUUUAUGGUUCCAGCUUUGUAAUUCCCGUGGCUGGGUUUCUGUGCCGGCUCUGUAACCAGUUCUAUCACUUUGAGAAGUCAGCCCUACACACUCACUGCAAAACACUCCAACACUUUGAGAAUCUGAAGAGAUAUAAAACCUUAAAGCUCCAGGAGGACUCAUCUCUGCAGGCUUCAGAAGAGUUGGCUUGCGGAAGCUCAACGGAUCUUCACACCGAGGAUGCAAACCUCACGGCCCAAAAGUCCCCCAGUAGCUCCUCUUCGAGUGGCCCAGAUGUCAAUAACAGUGGACCAGCUCCAGUGAGCUCCUCCGAAAAAGCCACUGAUCAGGGAAGCCUCAUCACUACCACUGCCACAACCGCCACCUCCAUCACCAGCAGCACCACCAGCAGUGACCUGCCUUCUGCCAGCCAGCAGCCAGCGUCUCCUGAGCCGCCCGGCAAGCCCACGGACAAGGAAGAGGUGAUGGUCGCGGAGGAGCCACUGAACGAGGUGGAUGACAUCCCAGAUGUUCCCAGUGUUCCCGACUUUACCGAGGUUCCCAGUGGCGUUGUAGAGGAGAAGACUGGCCGGGGCCGUGGGAGGACGCCGGGAAAGAAAAGGGGGAGAGGAGGAAGACGACGCUGAGGGAG